ACUGUAUUUAUUCUCCUUGCAGCAAAUGGCGGAUGACGCCGGUGCUAACAGGGGAGGUUUCCGCGGAGGCUUCGGCAGUGGCGGCCGGGGCCGUGGUCGUGGAAGAGGCAGGGGCCGCGGAAGAGGACGCGGGGCCCGAGGCAAAGCUGAUGACAAAGAAUGGGUUCCAGUCACCAAACUUGGCCGCCUGGUCAAAGACAUGAAGAUCAAGUCCUUGGAGGAAAUCUAUCUGUUCUCCCUGCCAAUCAAAGAGUCUGAGAUCAUUGACUUCUUCCUGGGGACUUCUCUGAAGGAUGAGGUCCUGAAGAUCAUGCCUGUACAGAAGCAGACACGUGCCGGUCAGCGCACAAGGUUCAAGGCUUUUGUGGCUAUUGGAGACUUCAAUGGCCAUGUUGGUCUUGGUGUGAAAUGCUCCAAAGAAGUUGCCACUGCUAUCCGCGGUGCCAUCAUCCUGGCCAAGCUGUCCAUUGUACCUGUACGUAGAGGCUACUGGGGUAACAAGAUUGGCAAACCCCACACAGUGCCCUGCAAGGUGACCGGACGUUGUGGCUCUGUACUGGUGCGUCUCAUCCCUGCACCCAGAGGUACUGGCAUUGUCUCUGCUCCGGUCCCUAAGAAGCUGCUGAUGAUGGCUGGUAUUGAUGACUGUUACACCUCCGCCAGGGGCUGCACUGCUACCCUGGGUAACUUUGCUAAGGCCACUUUUGAUGCCAUCUCCAAGACCUACAGCUACCUGACUCCUGACCUGUGGAAGGAAACCAUCUUCACCAAGUCUCCAUACCAGGAGUACACGGACCAUCUGGCCAAGACCCACACCAGAGUGUCUGUGCAGAGGACCCAGGCCGCAGCAGUUCCUGCCACCUCCUAAAUCUGUUCAAUGACCAAAAUAAAGUUCAUGAUUGAGUAAA